AAUGUUUUGCUUCAUGUGGUUCAAAUCGACCGUGUUAUUUGAGAAUCUGGUGUCUUUUUGGGAUACUUACACAUAAACAUUUUGGUUCUAAGGGCAUGCAAUAAGUUCGUACAUCGAGAUAAUAUCAUGGUUAGCAUCGGACGACCAACACUUAGGUGCGGAGCAAAUGGAUAAUUUUAUAACAAUUAUGUAAAACAUUAGAGAAUAAUAAUGUAUGCUGAUAAGAUUCAACCGCCGAAAAAACUGAGUACGAUUACUCAGCGGUACAGCUACGCUAUUCUCCCGCCCGUUCCGCCCUCCGCCACCGCCCCCACCAGCGCAGCCACAGACCCUUUUUCCACGCUGCAGCAAGACCAUCCUUCGGUAAGCCUCCUGGACCGAAGGCAGCUGAAGGAGAAGCGGGCGAGGAAGAGAAACGGAAGUGGGAAUCAGAAGAAGAAGAAGGAAAAAGUGCCGGCAGAGGAGACCGUCGCAAAGGUUCCUUCUGCCGUCGCCGGGGAUUAUAGCCCCUACGAAAGGGAUCAUGUCAUCCGCGUUCUAAUAUCCGACGCCCGGCUGGCGGAUUCGAGCAAGGCGUGGCAGGAUUGCUGGCGGAAAUGUUCUCUGGUCCACGUCGUCGGGGGAAAAGCCCCAGUACGAGCCAUGGAGAGAAACGUCUUGGCUUCCCUGAGGCAUAUUUUGCUCUUGGAAAAGUCCAGUGAGAAGAAGUGGAUCGUGAUGGUGAUGGCCGGCUUUUACAACAUCAUGCAGGGAAAUUGCAGUGCCAAAAGUGUUUUGCGAGAGCUAUUGGACUUGAAGAAGGCCGUUCUGAAAAUCUUGCCGCCGGGAACGGUCGUGGUGUUAGGUACAGUGCCGGGGGUGUACAAGAAGCAGGUAAACGACCAAAAGAAGCUGAAAAUGUUUAAUGAAGUGAACGACAUGAUCACAAAGAAAAACCAAAGCUUCAACAAGGACGUGUCGAUAAUUCUGUCCAACCACGGCAAGAAGAGGUUUUCCGAAAUCGUCGAAAGUGACAUCGAAAUCACGAAAAUGGUCGAGGAUAUCCACAAGAGCUUCCUUCUGUGUACUCAGUUGGUCAUUCAUCCCGCGGUAGAUUAUCCCGCCGUCGCUGCUCCACCGGGAAGAGAAUCCUCGAGAGCAUCUGUCUCGGCUUCUGAAGAGGCUGUUCCUCUGCCCUGGAAGUCCGACCCUCACUGCUUCCCCGCUGAUAAAGAUAGUCACACACAACCGAAAGAGACGAAAGCAGAAAAUAAUUCAUCGAAUAUAUACGUGCUACACGAGGACCACAAUGUUGAAGUGGUGUACGUGUCAAGUCAAGGAGGCGUCAGCACAGAAAAGGCGUCCUUUAUAAUGGCGUCAGAUAAUCGCCUGAGAAAUAUCAGGCUCGCUUGGACAGCGGAGUUUCCUUUGGUCCACGUCCUCGGGAAGGAAAUGCCCGUGAGAGACUUGCAUGAGGGCUUUAUAACGGCGCUGACGAGGCUGCUAGUCGAAGAGAGUUUAUCGAGUGACAGGAGACUGGUAGUCGUGUUGUCAGCCGGUUCCUACAACAUUAUCAGAGGGUGCCAUGACCCCGACAGCAUCAUGGCAGAACUUUUGGAUUUGAGGAAGGCCAUCGAACGUGUUCUACCGCCUGGUGCCAUUACAGUCCUCUGCACUCUCCCUUGCACGUCAGGGAAGGGCCUGACGAAAAAGGCACAGGCUAAAGCGAGUGAAAUGUUUACGCAGGUGAACCAGCUGAUCACGGAGCAUUAUCGUCAACAAAUUCCCACGUCAGCCGUCAAGGUUAUUUCAGUAUUCGACACCAAAAGAGUCUCCGUGGUUUUGACGAAAGCGGAAAUUGCGAAAUUCACCCAUCCGCUUGAGCAAUGUUGCAAGUACUUCUCCGCGCCGGCAGUUUGCUGUUUCUGCCUUGUCCUGUCGAGCAAAUUGUCGGCAUCGUACACAAAGGGAAGCUUUUGUAUGGCUUGCGAUGCGUGCCUGAUGGAACUUUCUGCGCCGGAGUUGCCAGCUGACGUCGAAUCCGAUAGUUCCUCGGCGAAGGACAGCGAGCAGUCCCAAGUUCCCAGCCGCCCUGGGGAGGAGGAGGAGGACCUGGGUUGGAAGAAGAUAUUCCAGAUGAAAGAAUACCUGAAGGACAAGGAAGUCUUCACCUUGGUCUCUUUGUCCGACGCCCUUGCUGGUCUCCUCGCCGUCGCCUUCGACAAGGACCUGUUCGUUUUACUGAAGAAGGUCCUGAGGGAGGAGGCGAAGAGCGUGAAGCCCCUCUCGAGCUGUACAUACAACGAUAUCGCUCUUCUGGGCAUCACGGGCGAGCGCGCGGUGAACCUGACCCUGAACCGGCACGUGCCCAAAGAGCAAGGGGAGCUGCUGAUAAUGGCCGCGGUUAUCAUCAGGGAUUGUCUGCAGUCGUUGGCAUCUAGGGGAUAG